AUGGCACUCGAACGAUAUUUCACAUCGCCGCAUCUGGAUUUCUUCCUCAUGCUUUCAUCCGCGGUUGUUGUUACCGGCGCCAGAGGGCAAGCCAACUACAACGCCGGCAAUGCUGUCCAGGACGCCUUGGCCCACACUCGCGCUCCGGGCUUCAUGUCUUUGAAUAUUGGCUGGAUCGAAGAUGCGAUCCAUACUUCCAAAGACAAGACCAGACUGCAAGGAUUAUGGCGCACCGGCCUGAGACCCAUACUCCCACAUGAACUGGAGCGCUAUCUUGAUUACGCUCUCGGAGCAGCAUCCGACCGUUCUAACAUGCGCCAGGCCGCGAUUGGCUUCAAUGCAGAGUCACUCUCACACGCUUCAGCUAGAAAUGGCAACGUCCAUUCAGCGUUGUUUUGUCAUGUGAGAGGGUAUCCUGCGGCCGGCAGCAUCUCUUCAUCAGCUGCUGCGGUCAAGUCAUUUCAACAAAUUGUCGAGAGCGAAAAUCUGGACAGCGUGGUCGACUUUAUCAGCACAGCUAUUACUGGCCAUCUGACCAUUCUGUUGUCUGUGGAUGCCGCCCAAGUUGCACACGGGGGAUCCAUUCUCGAUCUCGGCCUGGAUUCCUUGGUUGCCAUUGAGCUCCGAAAUUGGAUCACUCGCGAGUUUGACGCUCCUUUGCAGUCUUCUGAAGUAAUGAAAGAUCAGAUUAUCCGCGCACUGGCUCAGAAGGUGGCCUCACGUUCUGCCAAGAUCCUACUGCGAUCGGGCACUGACACGGACCACACGAGUAUCACAACCCCCGGGUCAAGCGCGGUGGAAACUCCUACGGAAUUGCCCCGGCUCCCAUUGCCUCAGCUCCAGGACAUACUUCGACUGUUCGAGGAGUCCCGCGUCGCCAUCGAUACUGAACAAAAUCGACGAGAAACGUCAGACGCAGUCCAGGCAUUCCUGAAUGGACCAGGACCGGAAUUGUACCAUCUGGCUGAGACGGCGGGCCUUGACGACCUCGCUGACGCCUAUGAAGGCCAGGUAUACCUGAUGCGUCGCGAGCCAAUCCCGGAAACCGGACCAUUCACAUUUAUUCAUCCUGUAGAACUACCUAGCCACUCGCAAGCAAGGCGCGCUGCAAUCUUGACUGUGGCUGCACUUGACUUCGCUCGCCGUUUGGCUGAAGGAAAGGUUGCCCCAGACACGCUCCAUGGUGAGCCUCUUACCGUUGAAGGUCGCGAAUGGCCGUUUUAUGCCACACGGCGCCCUGGACUUGGUGUGGACAGCAUGGAACGUCACACACCUAACCACAUGGUUGCUGUGAUGCGGCGGGGCCACGUCUUCCAAUUGACUCUGCCUGACCAUGGCCAACCUCAAAGUCUUCCAGCAGUCCACCAAGCUUAUGACCACAUUUUGGAAUUGUCGGAGGACCCUUGCCCAUCCGUUUGUACUCUGACUGCAGACGGGCGCGACUCGUGGGCUCAGGUUCGUUCGAAUUUAGAGACUGACCCAGGAAAUGCCGCCGCCUUAGCUUGCAUCGACUCAGCAGCCUUCGUCACGUGUCUUGAUGACGAGAAACCCACCGACCCUGGACAGCGAUACACGCAAUUCCUACUCAACGGUGACCGCCAAGGCUCAUGCAUGCCCCGCCAUCUUCAGUUCAUCUGA